ACUGGUGUACUAACGGUCGUCCUGUUACCCAUCAGAGUGUUCAUUAUAUGCUUUUUUGUGAUGGUAGGAUGGAUAUUCGCUUCCAUUGGAUUACUUGGUCUGACUGAACAAGAAUUACGUGAGAAACCGUUGGACGGAUGGAGAAAGAAAAUGAAACACUUGGUAUGCUUCUUUGGAAAAAGCAGCUUUAGAGCUGGAGGUAUGAGUAUGACCGUAAAAGGCAGACAAGCUAGUAAACGUGAAGCCCCCAUCCUGGUGGCUGCUCCUCACUCCACUUUUCUAGAUGGCGGAAUCGUCUACAUCACCGGUUUUCCAUCAACAAUUUGUAGACGUGAAAGUGGGGCUAAUAACCACAUAGGAAAGUUGAUAAACUUCACUCAGCCAGUCUACGUGUGGAGGGAUGAUCCGGAUUCCCGCCAAAACACCAUCAAAGAAAUUAUCAACAGAGCCACCUCUGAUUUGGAUUGGCCACAGAUUUUAAUUUUUCCUGAAGGGACAUGUACGAACAGAUCCUGUCUCAUCACAUUUAAACCAGGUGCAUUUUAUCCCGGUGUGCCGAUUCAGCCUGUGUGUAUUCGAUAUCCCAACAGAUUGGACACCGUUACAUGGACAUGGGAAGGACCUAGUGCGUUGAAGCUUUUAUGGUUGACUCUCACACAGCCAUACAGCAAUUGCGAAAUAGAAUUCCUUCCAGUUUAUACUCCCAGUGAAGAAGAGAAGAGGGACCCUAAAUUAUUCGCCAACAAUGUUAGAGCAGUCAUGGCAAAAGCUUUAGGGAUACCCGUCACCGAUUACUCUUACGAUGAUUGUAAGUUGAUGAUCAAGGCCAGAGAGAUGAAUUUACCAUAUGCCGCAUCUCUUGUAGAAGUCAGAAAAUUGCGAAGUAGAUUGGGACUGCAGAAUACCAACACUGAAGAAGCGCUGCUGAGGUCAAAUAUGACGUGCAGAGAGUGUUGUAAAAUCACCUACUUGGAAUUUUGCAACCUCCUCAAUAUUCCAUCUGAUGACGCGUCUUCCGUUCAGUUAUUCAGGAUAUAUGACAAGAAAAAUUCUGGAGUUAUAGACUUCAGGGAAUAUCUUUUAGGAGUUUUAUGUAUUGAGAAAGAAAGGAAUACAUUAGAAGUGCUACAGAUAGCAUGUAAGAUUUAUGACAGAAGUGGAUUUGGCCGAUUAUGUCCAGAUGAUUUCUGCCAAGCAGUUUGUCAAACGUUAGCCCUAACUAAAGACUAUGCUCUAGAAGUUUUCGACCAAGUCGACCGAAAUCAGCUUGGUUAUAUAACCUUUGAAAACUUCGUCACCUAUGCUCAAAGGAAAGCGGAAUUCUCCAACCUAUUCAGUCUGUGCCAGGGAGAAAAACAAAGAAACGGAGAAAUAUGCCCCAAUGACCAUAGCAAAAAAGUUGACUGAUCCCCACAUGUCAUUCACAUGUAAAUUUUGAGUGAGAAUUACUAUAUCGAUGGUGUCGCUCAUAUACCAUCAUACUAGUAUUUGACGAAAAAUUUUUGGUGGUAUAUAUCUGAUUGAGAUCCCAUUCACGGGGUCCCAUGUUGAAAAAAUCUGAAAUGGAUGCAAAUAAUUCCAGAAAUCAAAACGAUUCCAUCAAUGUCAGUGAAUUAUAUCAUAACUACUCAACAUAAAACGUAUUGUUUCAUAAUCUUAUACAAUUCACUCAUUUAUUUUUUUAAUCAUGUGUGCCUGAAAGGUAUGUAGAAAGGGUGAAAGAUUAUUUGAUAACUCGAUAAAAUAUACAUCAACAUUGUGCAUGUUGGAUAUUGUAUUCAAUAUUUUCAUUUAUAUUCUCAAUCUAUAUAAAUCUUGUUAUGAUAUCUCGUAAAAUGUUUUUAUAUACCCUCAAGCUGAACGAUGUUUGUUUGAAACAAAAUAUUUAUUUCGACAUUCUCUAGUAAUUUUUAUUACUUGUAGGAUACAGACAAUAACAUUUUGAUUCAUCCAGGAAGUAUUAUAGUUGUAAUCAAUACUUUUUUAAAAGUUCAAAAUUCAGUUAAAUGCAGCGCUUCCAUUUGUACAAACAUCUGAU